UCAUUCCAUUCUUAGAGUGUCAAGUGAGUUGCUAGGCAUGGAGAAAAAGAUGGAAGAUUUAACAACACAGAUGUUUACUAUGGAAGAUGUGUGAGAAGGCUAAAAGCUUAAUGGAACAAUUGGAAGAUCUUCAAGUACUCUCUCGUGUAAAAUAUCUACAAGAGGACAUAUAUAGUAUGAAAACACUGUCCAAUAGCAUAAUCAAAGAAAAGGAGGAUCUACAGAAGAAUUUAACCACCCUUUUUCAUGCCGUUACAAGAGUUGAGCAGAAUACUGCUUCCACAGCAAAAGACAUCACUCUAAAGAUCGGAACAGUAAAAACUGAUGUUAGACGAGUUUCAGGUCUAGUAUCAGAUAUGACCUCCUUGACAGAUUCUUUGCAAACACUAGAAGAUAAAGUAGAUAAAGUUGAAAAGAAGACAAUAAAAAAUAUUGGCGACCUACUUACCAGCAGUAUUGACCGCACUGCAAAACUGCAAAGUUUGGCAUCUGAUAACUCGAGAAGAAUUGAGCAAAUUAAGACAGCAUUGUCUGAUCUGAGAGGUGAUUUUAACAGACAUUCAGAUAGGCUUUUAACUCUGGAAAGUGACAGAGUUAGAGUUCUUAAAACAGUUACAUUUGCAAAUGAUUUAAAACCCAAGGUGUACAACCUAAAGAAAGACUUUGCCCGUUUGGAACCAAUGAUAAAUGAUCUAACCUUAAGAAUUGGAAGACUGGUUGAAGAUCUAUUACAACGAGAAAAAGAAAUUGCCUUCUUGAAUGAUAAAUUGUCCAAUUUAACUAGAGUGCAGAACGAAAUUAAAGAUAUGAAAGAUGAAAUAACCAAAAUGUCAGAUAUUAAUUAAUUGCUAUCAGAAACCCAGCUGCUUAACUUACAGCAUUUGAAGCAUGACAACCUAAUUAGGCUUGGUACUAAACAGAAGAGAAUAAAGAAAUAAAGGCUGUUUUAGGAAAAAAAAUACUGAAACUUAAUUGAGGUCCAGCCCUGUUUGCUCAAGAGGAUGGCUAAACUCCCAGUGGUUUGAAAACAACUAGAAUUAGGCAAUUCUUUAGCCAAACUUGUAAUUUUUAGAAUAAAUAAGCUUUUUUUUUUAAACUGGCAAAUAUUUUUAAAUAUUUUAAAAAUGCAAGACAUUUGGAUAAAAAGUGACCUACUAGUUUGCUUUCAUUGGUAAAGUGGGACCACAGAUUGCUAGCCAGUCUGAAGCUUUCCCUGCUGCUUUGAAGACAAGGGUGAAAUUGUGGACUACAGAUACAGGCUUAAAAGUGAUAGUUUCUCUUAAAUAAAGAUGAAUUCUGUGAUUUU